UCGCUUUGUGAGACUUGGUCCAGCAUCAGUGAGGCUGGGUGAGCGCCAUGAGCGUCGCCAACGUCAAAAAUAUCGUUUUGUUGACGUUUAUCAUCAUUAGUGUAUCAGCCACGGGAGAUAAAAUUCCAUUAGGUGCAAUAUUCGAACAAGGCACUGAUGAGGUUCAAACUGCAUUCAAAUUUGCAAUGCUGAACCACAACCAGAACGUCACAGCAAGACGUUUUGAACUCCAAGCUUACGUCGAUGUCAUAAACACAGCAGAUGCAUUCAAAUUAUCAAGACUAAUCUGUAACCAGUUCCAAAGAGGUGUUUACUCGAUGUUGGGGGCCGUGUCCCCGGACUCCUUCGACACGUUACAUUCCUACAGCAAUACAUUCCAAAUGCCUUUUGUGACCCCCUGGUUUCCGGAAAAAGUCUUAGCCCCAUCUUCCGGUUUCCUGGAUUAUGCCAUCUCAAUGCGACCCGAGUAUCACCAAGCCAUAAUCGACACAGUUAGAUAUUAUGGUUGGCCUAAAAUUAUUUAUCUCUACGAUUCGAAUGACGGCCUUCUCAGGUUACAACAGAUAUACCAGGGUUUAGUACCGGGGAGUGAGAGUUUCCAAGUGUCAACAGUGAGAAGAAUAAGUAAUGUUACUGAAGCUUUACAGUUCCUGAGAGGACUCGAAGAACAGUCUCGAUGGGAGCAUAAAUACGUAGUUCUUGAUUGUUCAGCAGAUAUGGCGAAGGAAAUUGUUGUUAGUCAUGUAAGAGACAUUGCGUUAGGAAAAAGGACUUACCACUACUUACUCUCUGGUUUGGUGAUGGAUGAUAGAUGGGAAAGCGAGGUUAUAGAAUACGGCGCGAUUAAUAUAACCGGAUUUCGGAUCGUUGAUGGUUCCAGAAAACAUGUCAAAGAUUUUUUAGAUAAUUGGAAAAAGUUGGAUCCUACUACAAAUCAAAAUAGUGGGCGUGAAAGUAUCUCUGCCCAAGCUGCUCUUAUGUACGAUGCGGUUUUUGUCCUCGUUGAAGCUUUCAAUAAAUUGUUAAGGAAGAAGCAAGAUAUAUUUAGGAAUAAUAUGAGACGAGGACAGAUUUUUAAUAAUGGGAGUAAAGGUUUAGACUGUAAUGCGUCCGGAGGGUGGGUCAUACCUUGGGAACAUGGGGAUAAAAUAUCAAGAUAUUUAAGAAAGGUAGAAAUUGAAGGAUUGACUGGAGAGAUACGUUUUAGUGAAGAUGGUCGAAGACAAAAUUACACUCUUCAUGUUGUCGAAAUGACUAUAAACAGUGCUAUGGUCAAAGUAGCAGAAUGGAGUGACGAAACUGGUUUUACACCAGUUGCUGCCAAAUACAUUCGGCUUAAAACUAACGCUCAAAUUGAGAGAAAUCGGACAUACAUUGUAACAACUAUUGUAGAAGAACCUUAUAUAAUGUUACGCACACCCGAACCCGGAGAGACUUUAACCGGAAAUGACCGUUUUGAGGGUUACUGCAAGGAUUUGGCAGACUUGAUUGCCAAACAUUUAGGAAUCACUUACGAGCUGAGAGUGGUCAAGGAUGGCAAUUAUGGGUCAGAAAACCAUGAAGUUAAGGGUAAUUGGGACGGCAUGGUGGGCGAACUAGUCCGCAAUGAAGCCGACAUAGCAAUCGCCCCCAUGACAAUAACCUCCGAACGUGAACGUGUUAUCGACUUCAGCAAACCCUUCAUGUCACUAGGAAUUUCAAUAAUGAUCAAAAAACCAAUGAAGCAAAAACCGGGAGUUUUCAGUUUCCUCAACCCACUUUCAAAAGAGAUUUGGGUUUGCGUGAUUUUCAGUUACAUAGGAGUGAGUAUCGUCCUGUUCACGGUGUCAAGGUUCUCGCCUUACGAAUGGCGACUCCUGCACCUCACCGGGGAACACCGUGAGCCCCCAGGCCAGCACACAACACACAAUUCCAUGGCGAAUGAUUUCACCAUGUUGAACUCGUUGUGGUUCUCACUGGGGGCUUUCAUGCAACAAGGGUGCGAUAUAGCCCCCAGGUCUGUCUCGGGGAGGAUUGUGGGGGCAGUGUGGUGGUUUUUCACACUCAUUUUAAUCUCAUCAUAUACUGCCAAUUUAGCGGCGUUUCUCACGGUGGAGAGGAUGGUAGCGCCCAUUAACUCCCCGGAGGAUUUAGCCUCGCAGACGGAGGUCGAGUAUGGGACGCUCUACCAUGGGGCAACGUGGGACUUUUUCAAAAGGUCACAAAUAACGCUUUACUCAAAAAUGUGGGAAUAUAUGAAUUCGCGGAAGCACGUUUUUGUGAAAUCCUACGACGAAGGGAUUCGACGAGUUCGGACAUCGAAGGGAAAAUACGCCCUUCUCAUAGAAUCGCCCAAAAAUGACUACAUCAAUGAGCGAGAGCCUUGCGAUACGAUGAAAGUCGGGAGAAAUUUAGAUGCGAAAGGGUUUGGAGUUGCAACCCCUUUAGGCUCACCAUUGAGAGACGCUAUUAAUCUAGCAGUACUAAGUUUGAAAGAAAAUGGAGAACUAACAAAACUAACGAAUCGGUGGUGGUAUGACAGAACUGAGUGUAUUCAUGACAAACAGGAUGCAGCAAGAAACGAGUUAUCUCUAAGUAAUGUCGCGGGAAUUUUCUACAUACUUAUUGGAGGUCUUAUGAUAGCUUUGGCUGUUGCUCUUAUUGAAUUUUGCUAUAAAUCGCAUACAGAAGCUGUGAGAGCGAAAAUACCUCUCAGUGAUGCCAUGAAGGCCAAAGCUCGUUUGACUAUUGGCGUCGGAAGGGAUAUUGAUAAUGGAAGGUACUACACUCCUGCCAACCAAAUCGCCGGUGGUAACGAACAGGAGCAAGCCCACAGCAAUACUCACACCCAAGUGUAAUAAGUUGCCAUCAUAUCUCAUCAAGUGCGUCAUAUUAAUUGUAAUAUUUUUACUUAAACGUAGAAUGUGUCAAUUUAGUCUGUGGCUAUUAAAUAUUACCUGUU